CUUCCCCUCUUCCUAGAUUCGGGCGGAGGCAGCCUUCUCCUUCACUUUUCCCCGUUCUCGACGGCGAAGAGGCAGCUCAGGAGCGGCGGGAGCACUGUCGUAAACUACUCCUUUGCAAUUGGCGAAUAUCGCUCGGAAACCGGGUGCUGCAGGACUCCGAGAUGCCGAUCCGCGUUAAGUCACGUCCACAACAGGGCGAAGCGGCAUUGCCCCCGUCACCGAUAACUCGCCAAGCCCGGAUGUUCGGUUCGGGUGCGGAGCUUCCGGACAUCAGGCUGGAUGAUUGUUUCCGGGUGUUGGUCAAGAAGCUCUCAAUUUACAUUGCUGACACUGUUGUGUUACCUUCGACCUUUGAGCAGCUUAGGACCACGGGCGCCGGGGAAGGACUGCGCACGCUGGUCGACCAUCUAGCUCUCACCUGCACUCAUCCGGCCAUUGUGAAUGCGUUGCUAGCGCUCAAAUGGCACUAUGGCUCCAUCCUGGAAGACAAGGGGUUGAACGAGGCCCGCGCCAACGCCUGCGAGAUCGUGGCCUGGCGUUUCUUGACCCACCUCUCUGAGCGGGAGGCUGUCGAUUACUGUCUCUACGAGAUCCCGGAUCCGAAGGACUCGGAUGACCGGAGCAACAGCGACGAGGAAGAGGCCGUGGCCGAUGAGCACAGCGCCCUUCUGGGGCAGGCCCUGCGUGGCACGGCCAGUUCGGCCCGGGAGGUCCUUAGGCAGUCCGGAAGCAGCAAGCGCAAUCUGCUGAUGCACUCCAUCUCCCGGCUCACCAUGAGCAUGACGGCCGACAUGGAUGACGAUGAAGAGGACGAUGACCCCACGGCGCACUUUGCGAACCUCAAUGCCCUCGAGAUCGCCGCCAUCGCCGAUGCCAAGCGCUUCCUCAGCCAGGCCGUUGUCCAGAAGAUCAUCACGGGGAUAUGGAAUGGCGACAUCAUCUUCUGGGACAGCCUGUCGGUCCACUCGGAGAAGAAACCGCGCUUCUACAAGCCCGCCACGGCCGACCCCUUUUCACGCCUCCGCGUCCCCAAGUACCUCAAGUCGUUUGAGAUCUUGUUCUUUGCCAGCUUUCUCGGCCUGUACUACGCUGUGUUGGUAAUGGAGCGCGACCCGACCCGCCUCACGACCCUGGAGGUCUUCUUGUGUCUCUGGUUCGCUGCAUUCGCCUACGACGAGCUGAGCGAGUGGAUAGAUGCCGGCUCCAUCUUCUACGCAGCUGAUGUCUGGAACCUGUUUGACAUGGCCAUGAUCGGAAUUGGCGUUGGUUACUUUGUCUUGAGGGUCAUCGGAUUACAGACACACAAUGCCGGUCUUGUUGAGUUGUCUUUUGACAUCUUGGCUCUUGAGGCCCUUUUCAUGGUUCCGCGUGUCUUUUCCAUCCUCAGCUUGAGCCCUUACUGGGGUACUCUCAUUCCUUGCCUGAAAGAGAUGGGAAAGGAUUUCCUCAAGUUCAUGGUCCUCGUCGUUGUCAUCUAUCUAGGAUUCCUGACGACGUUCACGCUCGUCGGCCGCGAGUCCUACUCGCUCGGAUCCAUGACAAUGUACCUGACCAAGAUCUUCUUUGGUUCCAGUUAUGUUGGCUUCGACAUCAUGAAGGAGAUUGACCCGAUCUUCGGACCUCCUCUCAUGAUCCUCUUCAUAAUGCUCAGCUCCAUCCUCCUCACGGGCUCCCUCACAGGUAUGCUGUCCAACAGCUUCUCGCGCGUCAUCACCCACGCCCGCGAGGAGUACCUCUACGUCUACAGCGUCUACGUGCUCGAGGCGUCCACCAGCAACCGCCUCACCCACUUCUACCCGCCCUUCAACCUACUCGCCCUCGUCAUCUUCCGCCCGCUACGCCUGUUCCUCCCCUCAGACGCUAAGUUCCGCCAGGCCCGCAUCCUGCUCCUGAAGGCAACCCACCUCCCCAUCGUCGCCGCCAUCGAGUUCUACGAGUGGCUCCGCGGUGCCUCGGCCAGGGGUACGCCGUACAACGGCUUCCGCGGCCCGCGCCACGCCACCAUCGGCAGCCCCAACCCGGCCAAGCGUUUUGCGCAGCAGCAGCAGCGCCGCCAGCCGUCGUCGUCGUCCCUGCGCGCUGACUCGGCCGCCGCCGCCGCCCGGGACUUUGCCCUCCGUGCGCCCCCGAUUGGGCCGGGCGACUCGGUUGUCCUCACGCCGCAGCAGCGGCGCGCCGCCACCGAGGCGGCCGAGGAUGAGGCGUUUGGCGAGCCGUCGACCGAUGUCGAGGUGCGCAUUGCCGAUCUGGCGACCAAGAUUGAUCGGCUGACGGAGCUGGUGGUCGCGCUGCAGGCGCAGCAGACUCGGGGGCUGACGGAUGUUUCUGUUGUGUAGGGCCUGGAGGAGGGGGGGAAUGAAGAGCGGCGUGAGGCGUGAAGGCGAGGCGGGAGUUUGUGGGCUUGUAAGGGACUAUAUCGUGGUUGGUUGGUUGGUGUGUACAUUAUGGUGCGAUGUAGGUUUUCCCCGUUCUAUCCCUCCUUCUUCUUCUUGUUCUUGGGAGUUCCCGGUGCUUCAGAAGGUCUCUCUUUAUAUCUUGGUUGCAUCUGGCUUCGAGCAGCGUGGCGUCUUCGUGAGUGCUAUCAUAUUCCUGGUGUCGGAGAGCAUCGUCGUGUAUUUGUUCAUGCGUGGUGUGGUUAGUGUUAGUUAUAACAGUGUUAUGCAUGAUGAAGAAUAAUACCUAGAUUUACGCUACUGGCACCAAAAAAGCACAACAAAGCGCCAAGCGGGCAGAUGGCCGCUUGAGGGCUCUAAGAAUG